AUGCUGCCGAAACCAACGCAAGAAACUGCAUGGAAAUCAAUUUACAUUGGUGGAUUAUGCUCUUUCAUUCAAACAACUCAAUUUACGAUCUUCUUUCCUUCGAUGUGGCCUUAUAUACUGACGCUGCAACCCGACUUGAAACAAAGUAGUUUUGGAAUUGUCGUUGCUGCCUACAGCUUCACCCAAUGCAUUUUCUCCCCGUUAUUCGGUUACUGGAGCAACAAAAUAGGCCAAGUCAGAUUUCCAAUGAUCGUCGGAUUCAUCAUCAUGGCUUUUGGAAAUAUUGUCUACUUGAGUAUGCAAUACUGGUCGGCUUAUCAUCUUUACGUCAUGAUGUUCUCAAGAUUGGUUGCUGGAGCUGGAUCUGGAAACGUGAGUCUUCUCAGAGCGUAUGCAUCCACUGCAUCUCUAUCAAAAGAUAGAUCAAAAGCAAUUGCUUGUGUAUCUGGAGGAAUCGCCAUUGGUAGCAUGAUUGGUCCGGGACUUCAGUUAUUGUUCACACCGCUCGGAACUGAUGGAAUACCUGUUCUCGGAUUGAAAAUUGAUAUCUAUUCAGCGCCAGCGCUUCUUUGUUUAGUUAUCAAUACAAUCGGUCUACUGAUUGUAAAGUUUGCUUUUGUUGAGAAGCAUAUUCAAUUAGUAGAUCAAAAUGCGGAAAAUGGAGAAGAAGGAGAAGGGAAAAAGAACAAGCUGAUGAAUCCAUGUAUGGUUGCAAUCUCCGUUUGCAUAUUUACUCGUUUCACUCAACAAUUUAUUAACACUACCAUUGAAAGCAUUGAUGCCUCUUAUUCAAUGAUGAUGUUUUCUUUCGAAAAAGAAGAAGCUGUCGCCAUGAACGCAACAAUGCACACAAUUUCUGGAGCAAUUGCAGCCGCACUGUACCUUUGUUUCAUUUUUACUGGAGUCCGUAAGUAG